AUGGUUAUCAUAGGCGUGUCAUAUGCUUUAAAGUGCAAGAUGUUGCCAUCCACUUUCAAGAAGUCAGCAAUGACUUGGUUCACAACUCUACCGCCACAUUCAAUUGUCAAUUUCACUGAGUUGUCGGACAAGUUUCUCUAUCAAUUCUCAACGAGCCGUGCACAAAAGGUAAAGGCAACAACGUUGUUUAAUGUUCAACAGAAGCCGUGUGAGACUUUGCAACCAUACAUGGGGCAUUUCAAUUAUUUGUCGGUGCACUUAGAGGACAAAAUGUUGGAAAUUUGCAUUGCAGAAUUUGAAAUUGGAUUGAAGCCAGGAAGUAUGAACAAUAACUUGAGUAGGAAGCCGGUAACAACGAUGGAGGAGUUUCAAAGCCGUGUUCAAGGGUUCAUCCGAGAGGAGCAGAGCGAUGAGAUUAAGAAAAACCGCCCAAACACGGUGUUUGCGGGACAGAAACAUCAGUUUGAUUCGAAGAAAGGAGCGGUUAGUUUUUAUCGUUCACGUGGGGCAGUUACAAGUGGAGACAGGGGCUACAACAACCGGAACCAACAUGAUAACCGCUCUAAUUUCAGAAAUCGUGCUCAACCUUAUGGAAAUCGUGGGUAUGGACACUCCAUGAUGUGGACCAGAAACCAACAAGACCGCUCGGUUCCACUGGCGGUUAAUUUAACUUAA